AUAACUUUACCACCAAGCUAUCAGCUUUUAUAUUGGUUAAUGUGUUAAUACGUGUGUUGCAGCACGGACUGUUUUUGUAUGUAACACAGGAAGUUUGACAGUUUGCAUGUGACGCGACUUGAGAAAUAAAUUGUUUAAGCGAGAUCGGUGUGCGCGACCCUUAAUGCGCUAUAAGUCCAUUAUAAGUGAGUAAGGCAGAAUGUAACGUGGUGGCAGCGGUGUUAAUUUAUAAACUGUAAUUGAAAACUGAACUUUAACGUGAAAGAUGGAACGCGCGUUUUGAUUGAGACCACCGGCAGCAUUGUGUUUGGAUUCAAGUAAUCUGGCGAGAUCUUGAAAGCAUUGGAAAGAAGAAUUUGUAUUGUAUGCCGAUUUAACCCUUUCAGAAGCAAAAGACACUGUAAAAAUUAAACUCUUCUCAUACUUAAUCGGGAGAGUGGCAAGGAAUUGUGUGCGACGCUACUACCGACCAUAUCGGAGCGACGCAUCGUGAAAGGUUUUAUGGACGCUCUCGACAAGCACUGCAAUAAGAAACUUAACGAAACUGUUGAGCCGUGCCGUUUUUUUUUUUACUAGAAAUCAAAAGACAGAUGAGACUAUGGAAUAAUACGUAACAGAUUUAGGAGUGCUCGCCAGUACGUGCAAUUUCAGGGAUCUCCGAAAGACAGAGAAUUAUCUGCGGAGUGCCAAAGUCCGGUUUACGGGAUAGAUUAUUGAGAGAGCAGGACUUCAUCUGUACACAUCUGGGUAAAGUUUGCACAGCGGAUGAGUUGUCUCCAGAAAAUAGUAAAACAAUUGAAGGUAGAGUAACAGGACAAUGAAUGCAUUAAAACUCGCUGCAAAGACAGAUGGUUUCAGGGACACAGUUAACUGCAAAUUUUGUGGUAAAUACUAAGAAAGAAAUAAGAAGAAAUGCCCAGCUUUCGGGAAAAGUGCAAACGCUGUAACAUAGACAAUCGUUUUGCAAUUAUGUGCAAAACUAAAACAGAUAAGGUGUGAGUCUGAGUAAGGCGGAAUGUGACAUCAGCUAGGGCUGUGCGAUAUUACGAUAUAUAUCGGAUGAGAAAAUAAACGUCUGUCGUUUCAUGUAUCGUUUAUUCCGUGGUGUCGCAAAAAAAACACUGUAUACGGCAAAAAAAAACCAUCAUUUGGAUAAAGAUUUCCAAGGUUUCUCGCCACCACAUGGGAUGUCGCACUUGUGUUUUUUUAUUGGACUUUAUUGUUUGUACCCCACAGAAAACAAUACACAAAUAUGUACCAUGAUCCACAAAUAUUUGAGUAUGCACAAAGAUGUAUUUUUUGUGUUGUGUAAAAAUCAUAUCCACAAAAAUACGGAGAGAUGUGUACGCGUGAAACGUGUUGUGAACAUUUGUGGAUCAGCUCCUGCCUGUUUGUGCAUUGCGUUAUAUUUGUGACUUCUGUUGACUUUCGGAUUUUUAGCUAGUUCGUACAGCCACGAAGCCCCUAAGAGGUCUGGGUAGAAAAAUAUUUUUUUAAAUAGUUUUGUAUUCAUUUACAGUAGUUUUGUGAUCCCAUUACACUUGCCCACUUGCUAUUUGCUGCAACAUGACGGCAUGGAUAAACUUAAAUAAUACAGACAUGUCCUGUAAAGUGUGGCUUAAACGUUAAACUGUGGGGAACAAUGUACACCAUGUAACUUUAAUAUUAUAUGUUUUUAUACGGAUUUAUUAAUAGUUGCACUAUUUCUGCACUGACAGCUGGAUAUUGAACGUGAAGUACACACAUACACACUGAAAUGUAUUACAAACACUGUAAGAUAUUACAGACGGAAAACUGAAGUUAAAUUUAACAUUGCCGUGGUGUCAUAGUUUAAACUCGUACCCGCUUUCUGGAAUAUUUCAGUAUAGAUCCGCAUAUCCCUACACGCGUCAUCAAGCGGGUAUACCCGAAAGUGGGUUCGGGUCUAAACCUUAACUAUGACAUCUUUAUGUAUCUUUAAACAAAAUCAAGCAGCAUCCCUUGGUUUUCCAGAUUUCUUUCUGGGUAAAUUUUAAUGAAUAUUAAUAUUUCAAUGUUUGUGUAGCCCAGCUGUCUUGUUUACAAUCCCUGAUGUUGAAGGGACAUUGUGCAAUUACUUAUAAAUACGUUUAAAAACACAUAAAUUAAAAUUGUCCCCUAUAGUUUAAUGCUUAAAGCGCCCUUAACUGGACAUGUUUGCAUCGUUUAGGUUAUUAGUCCGAUGAUUCUUGCUUUUGUACUUUUUGUAAACGGACACAGUAAGGUUAUCAUUAGCAACGGAAACUCAAAACUGUUGUAAGAAAACAUUUUCCCUCCCAGACCUCUUAGGGCAGGGGUGUCCAAUCUUAUCCGCAAAGGACCGGUGUGUAUGCAGGGUUUCGCUGCAACUCCCUAAUUAGGUCACUUAUUAGAGGACCGAUUGGUUGAAGAGUCCUCACACCUGGGUUUGAACACCUGAACUACAGGUUAUCCCAAAAGCCUGCAUCCACGGCGGCCUUUGUGGAUAAGAUUACACACCCCUGUCUGAGGGGCUCCGUGUAGUCUACUGCGAGAAGGGUCCUGCAGACGCCGAAAGAGUGGAGUACCACCGGAAGUACGUCAUCUCAACAGGAAAAACGUGAUCUCAACUCUGUGUUACAGCGAAUAAACACUAAUCCUAACCGGAGCUCAACUUUAUGUUAUCACGUGUUUCCUGUGGAGGUGACGUUUUUCGGGUGGAACUCAACUCUACAGGUGUCUGCAGCUAGACCAUCUUGGCUACUGCGGGUGAUUUGUAGAAAAAAAUACAUCAUUAUUCACAAAUAUAGAUAUACAUUUUUAUUUGUGUUGUGUGAAAUCAUAUCCACACAAAUACAGAGCGAUUUGUACACGUGAAAAUGGUUAUGCAUAUCUGUGGAUCACUUCCCGUCUAUUUGUGGAUCAUGCUGCAUUUACGAUCUCGCUCCUUUUGUUUUUUUGUUUUGCAGAUUUUUGUCCAAUUCCUACUGCAGCUGAUCCAUAGAAAAAUCCAUUAAAUACAAGGUUACCCACAGAGAAGGAUGGUUUCCCAAAAGUAAAAUUAGACAAUUCGCCCUCAGGUCAUCAUGUGGAAAGAAAAAACUACAAGCCUGUAUCGAAAUGUAGCAAAAACCGGGGAUUAAAUGGGACCUACACAAUACCCAAAAACGUGGCAAAUGUGCCUGGCCAGACCUGGGAAAGUGACAAUCAUGUAUGUGCUUCACAUCAGCCUGCUUCAGUGGAACACAACUUGAGUGGAUCAGAAGAAUCGUACUUCCAAACAAAAGAAGGAUUUGCUGCUGUAUCUGGCCAGGCUCUGCCAUUUGAUCAGAUGGCUUCUAACUUUAUGGAAAUGAAUUUGGAUGACUGUCCAGGAGGUGGCAGUAUUGCUCCAGUUCUGGUUUUAACUAGGCCACAGAUGAAAGAUGCAGAUGAUUCUGAAGCUUACACAAAAGAGAUACUGGCAUACCUGGAUGACAUGGAUUUUGCCAUUGAGAAGGCCAAAAAUGACUACUCGUACUAUGGGAGAGUGUGCAUUGACCUCCAGGAAUUCUCUCAUGUUCUUGAAAUAUACGGUUACCCCCCAAUGUUUAAUACAGAUGACCUGCUUGAUGCCUUCGUAGACUUCAGAGAGGAAGGUCUGACAAUAAAGCGGGUUGAUAACACUCACGCCCUUGGCAUUUUCUCCAGCGAGUCAGCAGCACUCAGAGCCCUAUCUAUCCGCCAUCCGCUGCUGAAAAUCCGGAAGCUGUCAAAAGGCAUCAACAAAUCAAGAGCCAAAGCAGUGAGCUGUGCAGAGUUUAUCCAGAGUAUGAGAGAGGGACCUCGCAAAGACACUGCUGGACCUGAAGGACAGAGCUGCUAGUGGAAGAUUGUACAGGAACUCUGGAGUGAGAGUCGGCCAUCUGCACCUGCAAGCUCUAAAUUUGAAUGCGACUUUUUUUCCCUAAGAAAUAAAUAUAUUAAACUGAAUCUAGCCUAUACUGUUCAAUACCUCUAGCCCCCUGCCUGUCCUCUACAGUUAUGGUGUAAAAACUGUGGUUAUUAAUGUAUUACUAUUUCACACUUAUGAAGUGACAUUUAUUUAACCUGAAAUUAAGGUGCCAAUUAAAGACAAUACAAUAACUGAAAUGCUU